GGCGGUACGCAGGACUUAAAGCAGCGCGAGGCUUGUCCUCCUAUGUUGAUGUGUCGUACUCGCAGAUUUCAGAAAGUCAGGGAGGCAGGUUCAGGGAGUUUUUGGAGAGAGGAAAGAGAGAGAAACAGAAAUCGGAGCAGCAGCAGUGACACUUUGCUGUCAUAUAACUAUUUUUGUUCCGGCACUUCUCAAAUAAACCAGCAGAGACCCCGUUGUUGUUUGGAGCGAUGGAGCGCUCAUCGGUAGGACUCAUAGGAGACCAAGUGUUUGCUGUGGAGUCAAUAACUAAGAAGAGAGUGAGAAAGGGUAAUGUGGAGUACCUUCUGAAAUGGCAGGGAUGGUCCCCAAAAUACAGUACUUGGGAACCAGAGGACAAUAUUUUGGACCCGCGCCUCGUCCUGGCCUAUGAAGAGCAUCAGGAGAAGAUCAGAGCUCUGGCGUACCGGAGGAAAGGUCUCAGACCCAGGAGGCUCCUCCUGCGGGUGAGAAGACACCUUUAUCCUCACUUGACUCUGUUGUACCUUUCUCUACCAAUUCUGACUGCACACUAACCUUUAUUCUAGUCUCACAUGUCUUUGUUGUUUCUUUCUCCACUCAUUUUGACUGCUCAGUGAGGAGUUUGUUUAUCUAAAUAUAUAACAAUUGUUGGUUGUACAGGGUUC